AUGAAGAGCCUGUCCUUGGACUCGCCGGAGUGUGGGGAACUGAGGCGAAGACCAGCGCGUGACCAACCAUCACAGGGCAGCAGAGUUCUAUAUAACAGCAGAAGCAUGCGUUGUGGUUCUUUGAGAGUAAAUAGCCACGCUGUAAAUAACUCGCAAUCAUCACCAUCUUCACCGGUGCACAGCCGUCGUCUUCUGAACACCCGAGUGGGUCGCAUGAGCAGCGUGGAACUGCCAGAUGAGCCAGACAAGAGCUUGUCAUCCAAUAGCGCCAGUCCAUGUCCGUCUCCAGUCAAGCAACCGACGAAGCACCAACGGCUUCUACCAACAAAUUUGUACGUGAUCCUCUACAAUUUCAAAUCACGUCAUGCUGAUGAGCUGGAUCUGAAAGCUGGUUACAAGGUGACCGUUAUCGACACUUCUGACCCAGACUGGUGGAAGGGAAAGUGUCUCGGAAAAGUUGGAUACUUUCCAUCAAAGUAUUGCACUAAGCUGCAAGCUGGCGAACGACCUCUUCAAGUUACACACAACUUACAAGUUUCUGACGGUGACAACGGUCUCAUGCUACUCCGUGACCAGAUCGUAAUUCAAGUUGGUGAUGAGGUGGACGGCAUGGUCAUGAUCAGAUCCGGUGACAACCGCCAGGGCGUGUGUCCUGUUAAGUUCCUACAGGAACGACGCAGCUCACUAUCAAACGAACCUCGCACGUACUUAGCACCGCAACCAUCACGCAGCGCCCCGGUCACACCAUGCGACAGCGACACCUCCUGGCCAUACGUGGAGUACGAUCGGAGAUCUGAAAAGGAAAGAUACGAGGCAUCCGUCGAAGGCGUCUGGUGGUGGAAACGGCCACUAGGCGUCAGGCGUCAGACCUGCAGACGGUGCGGUGCCUCUUCAUCUUCACGGCCGCUCCAAAUGGUUCCUUGCACCUCACCGCAAGACGAGUACGAAUAUGACUACCGCAGACCUGCCUCCGAUGAACGACCAUUAAAUCUCGUCAGGCAGUUAUAUCUUUAA